AUGGGACGGCUCCCCCACGGUCCUUCUUUCCCUUCUAGUGGCGGAUUAGCAUGCUCCCACUCCUGGUCACGCCAUGUUGUUGCAGAGAACUGCUUCCUGUCCUUUGCAGGAUCCCCGACUCCGAACAUACACAUAUGUCACAGCCUGACCUGCCCUGGACAGGACGGCUUCUACGCGCAACCCGACCUUCUGCACAGAUUACGUCCACUGCGUUGCCGCGUCCCAUAUGUCAAGAGAUGCCCCUCCAACCUGAACUUCAAUGCGGUGAAAGGGGCGUGUGACCACCCGAGGGACGCCCCCUGCGCGCCCUUCAAGAAGUCAUGCGAGCUGACGAUCCCCUUCGUCCCAGGAGGCGUGACAGACGACCUCGUGACGUGUGACUGCGAAGGCCCCUGCAUCAAACCGCACCCGUAUAACUGCGAUGCCUUUUACCACUGCGACGCUGCUGGAGUGGAGCACCUUACAGAGUGUCCCGGAGACUUGAUGUUCAACGCCAUGGUUGACAAUGUGAUCUGCGGAGAACACCAAAUGUGAACCUGCGCCCACCUGCUCCUGUGACAACUGCCGGUACCCUUCGUCUGAAA